UAUUGAAAAUUCAUCUCCCACAGUAAUGAGAUAAGAAUUUAAACAAUCAAAUGAAACUAGUGGAGAAACAAAAGAGGAAGAAACCAUGAGUGACAUUAAGCAUCAAAGGCUGCAAACUAAUGGAAUUUGGAUGCACAUAGCAGAGAAAGGGCAAGGCCCUCUUGUUCUACUUAUUCAUGGCUUUCCUGAGCUGUGGUCUUCAUGGACUUACCAAAUAAACCACUUGGCUGAACAUGGUUACCAUGUGGUUGCACCAGACAUGAGAGGCUAUGGUGACUCAGAUUGUCCCCUGGACCCAGCCUCAUACACAGCUUUCCAUCUUGUUGGGGACUUAAUUGGCCUUUUGGACCAGCUUGGAGAAGAAAAGGCAUUUGUGGUGGGGCAUGACUGGGGUGCAAAAAUUGCUUGGGACCUUUGCCUCUUCAGACCAGAUAGAGUCAAAGCACUUGUUAACUUAGGGGUCCCAUACCAGCCACGCUCAAUCGAAUUCAAACCUACUGAGUUCAUGUCCACAAAAUUUGGAGAAGGAUUCUACAUUUCUCAAUUUCAGGAGCUAGGAAGAGCAGAAAAAUCAUUUUCUGCAUAUGACUGUUUAACAGUGUUGAAGAAAUUUUUAUUGGUCAAUGGUCCAGAACAUCUAGCGGCUCCUCCUGGUGUUGAGAUCAUAGAUUUUCUUGAAACCCCAUCUUCUUUGCCUCCAUGGAUUACUGAGGAAGAGCUUCAACUUUGUGCUAACAAGUUCCAAAAAUCAGGUUUCACUGGGGGCUUAAACUACUACCGUGUCAUGGACUUGAACUGGGAGCUUCUUGGACCAUGGCAGAGAGCCAAAAUCACAGUUCCAACAAAAUUUAUAGUUGGGAACAAGGAUCUUGGAUUUCGUUCAUUUGGGACCAAGGAUUAUGUAGAGGGAGAGGAAUUUAAAACCCUUGUACCUGACCUUAAAGUGGUCAUCAUUGAUGGGCACCAUUAUAUCCAGCAGGAGAAAGCUGAACAAGUCACUAAUGAAAUCCUAUCCUUUUUCAAUGACAAGUCUCUUGCUUAAUCAAUAAUUUAUUUGUAUGUCACAAACUGAGGAAAAUCUUAAGUAAUAGAUAGUGAUACUAUUUUUUGUUAAGGUUGGGACUUGGUGAAUGUGUUGACAUGUACUGUGUUUUGUUCCUAUAUUAUAAUAUGUGCUAAUGACUCCAUUUUUAAUGGUAAAGGCCUGCAAUUUUUUUGUGACUAA